AUGGAGCGAAUUAUUAAAUUUGGAAAUACAAUACGAAAUAAUUUGAAAAAAUCAGCGGUUGGUGUAGUAGCUCUAUGUUAUGGAGCGACGAUAGUUAAAGAAAAAUACCAAAUCAAUGUACUCAUGCAAGCAGCGUGCAAAGAAGCAGCAAAAUAUGGUGACUCUCUGAUACCCAUGGAUAGAAAUCCAACUGUAGUCACAGUUAUUUUAAACCCAGUGGCAAAUAAAAGGAAGGCGAAGCGAGAUUUUGAGAAAUAUUGUGAGCCAUUACUUCAUUUAGCAGGAUUGCAGGUUGAUGUUAUACAGACAACAUCUGAAGGCAAUGCUAAGGAAAUUGUGGAAACCUUGCGAGGCACUGAGGCUAUCAUUGUUGCUGGUGGGGAUGGGACUUUCUCGGAAACUGUUACAGGAUUAUUGAGAAGAAAUGAUGAUGCAAAUCAGUUUCCUCUUGGCGUUCUGCCACUUGGUCGCACAAACAGGCUUGGGAACAGCUUAUUUCAUGGAGGUAAAGGAGUAGAUAGGGUUAAACAACUAAUUGAAGCUAGCAUGGCCAUCAUAAAAGGGAACACAGUUUGGAAAGAUGCAAUGAAAAUUGAACCAAUUGUUACUGAAGAAGAAGUACCAAGCAAACCCAUAUAUGCAAUGACUUCAUUAGAAUGGGGAGCAUUUAGAGAUACAAUGGCCAAGAGAGAUAAGUACUGGUUUCUCGGACCACUGAGAGAUUAUGCAUCAUUCAUUUUCAAUGGAUAUAAAGAGUCCCUAAACUGGAACUGCAGUGGGGUAAUUAAAUAUUCGCCACCUUGCGCCGGUUGUAACAACUGUAUAAGGAAAAGACCAGAAAUUAAAAGAAAAUGGAGCUUUUUUAUGCCAAGCACACAGACAUUACAACCAGACUCCACUAACAUUGUAAACCCAGAUUGUGCGACUUCACAAGAGCUGUGCUUCAAAACAUGUGACUUUAGAAUACGCACUAGAAAUUUCGAACACACGGAUGUUCCUUCUUUGAGUAUAGUUAUUGGCAAAAAUAAGUAUAGUUACUCAGAAUUUAUUACAGAAGGUUGGAGGCGUCUUAAAGGCUUGGAUGAAAACACAAAACGCAUAGAAGCAAGAACAGUAGAAUUCUUGCCCAAUGAAUCUGGCCCUGAAGUGGUUAUAGGGAUAGACCGCGAAGAAUUUGAUGUGAAACCAGUGAAAAUAACACUGCUGCCUAAGAUUGUUAAGUUGUUUUGUAAUCCAGAUUAA